CGGCGUGAAGGCGGGAGUUUUAGCGGCUGAGGCAGCUGAACAAGCCUGUGCUUGUUCAGCCUCCGCGCACCCCACCUGCGGCUCUCAAGCCGAACCCGGCUCCGUUCUCCGCCUCCUCGCCGUGGCGGCCCCGUGUGGCCCGCCAUGUCUCGCGGGCGGGAGCGGGUGGUGGCUUUGGCGGACAUGGACUGCUUCUACAUGCAGGUGGAGCAGCGCCUGGAGCCCAGCCUGCGCGGGAAGCCGUGCGCCGUGGUGCAGUACAAGACGUGGAAAGGCGGCGGGUACGGAGCUGCUGCUGCUGCUUGGCCCUGCUAGCUUUGCUGCUCUGCUCGUGUCGGCGGAAUGAGGUGGGAGGAGGAGGAUCUUGACCGAGGAGCUGGGGGGAAAGGGCCGUGCGGCUCAGUGGUCAGAGCAAAAGGCUUUAAUCACCGGCACCCCCAGGGAGGGCUGACAAAUCCAGAAAUCCUGUUGAGUUGCUGCUGCCGCCCCAACCGGUGCUGAUUGAUCGAUGUGUGGUCGAUCUAGGGUGGCUUCCUAAGUUGCUCCCCCCCCCCCAAUUGCUUCCCCGCGUUGUGUUUUGUUUUUAAAUUUCUUCCAAACAAGCCACAAAAAACUAGCAUGCCAGGGUGUAACGUUUAAGCCUCGCUGGCUCCUUGCUGUGCUCGUUUUUAUGUUUCUGCUUGCAGGGGGUUUCUUCGGCAUUAAACAUGAAACCUUCAGCCUUGAGACAGGACUGUCCAUUCAGGCGCCUCAUUCUGCUACGUGUGUAGAGCAGAUCCUAUUCCCACCCAGAAAUGGCAGUGGGAGAAUAUGGUUUCGUGAAUGUUUUCUGGUAUCAGUUCAAGGGUUUUCUGCUGAUUUCAAAGAGCAAAUGUUCUCGCCAGGCUGGCUCCCAGCUCAGCCUGGGUUUCCUAGGGUUUCUCUGGACUAUAGACACCUGCUCCUUCCUGUGACCCAUGUUUGUUUUUCUUUAUCUGCUCCCCCCAAAAUGAUAGGAUGCGUUCCUGCACACUCCCAGUCUACCACUCCCAGUCUAAAAUGGACUUCGGUUUUCACCUCUCAGGGUGGGAAAGCCAAAUGCAGCAUAAUGGAAUCCACUUCCACAACUAACAAACUAUAGUCUUCCACCUGCCUCUCAAUAUCUCCUCAAAACCUUUAAAAAUGUACCUUCCUCUUAAGAUGACUAAAGAUGCAAGAAAAACUCUCCUUUCUUUUAAGCUACAGUAAUUUGUAGGUGGGUUUUUUUUUAACAUGUUAAUUUGUUAACGACUCAUUAUCUAAUGCUAAACUGAACCAAAAAAGUGCCCGGGUUUGUGUGUGUCUUUCAUUGUCUUAAAUCCAUAACUUAAUAGCUCAUCAUUUCUCCCUCACCCAACUUAGAAUCAUUGCAGUGAGCUACGAAGCUCGUGCUUUUGGAGUUACCAGAAACAUGUUUGCUGCUGAUGCAAAGAAACUAUGUCCGGAUCUCCUGUUAGCGCGAGUACCAGAGGCCCAUGGGAAAGCGGAUCUCACCAAGUAAGCCCAGGAUUGAUUAUUACUUGCAGCUAUUGUUGUCCAUGUGAUUGUGAAGUAUUCUGAAACAAAAUAGGGUUCAGAAUGGUUACAGAUCAGCUAUUCUUUUGAUGAGUUUUCUGCUUUGUGGCUUAGGUUUGCUUUUUGGAAAGUUUUUGGAAUCCUCUUUUGCUGUCUCUUUUCCAAUGUGGAUACAGUUUGUUUAUUCUGGGUCUUCAGGCAGCAGUUCUCUAGAAAUUAUUUUUACCGUUCUUUGCAAAUUGAACAGUCCAGGCUUUCUUCAGAGUACAGUGGUACCUCAGGUUAAGUACUUAAUUCGUUCCGGAGGUCCUUACUUAACCUGAAACUGUUCUUAACCUGAAGCACCACUUCAGCUAAUGGGGCCUCCUGCUGCCGUCGCGCCACCAGAGCACGAUUUCUGUUCUCAUCCUGAAGCAAAGUUCUUAACCUGAAGCACUAUUUCUGGGUUAGCAGAGUCUGUAACCUGAAGCGUAUGUAACCUGAAGUGUAUGUAACCUGAGGUACCACUGUAUAGUGAACUGAGCUCAAUAUUUUUUCAGCUAGAGUUUAUCUGUAAUUGGUAAGAUAGCUCUGUUAGCAGCAUGCAGGGUGGGGGGACGACAACUUCUACUUUCUGGUGUACCACUGUUGAUGGCGUAUUGCUAAUUAGUUACCCCAAUUAUCAGUUAAGAUGGAAUGGGAAUAUUAGAGCAUUGUUGGGUCUCCUUCCCACGUAGGUACCGAGAAGCCAGCGUGGAGGUGAUGGAAGUGAUGUCACGCUUUGCUGUGAUUGAACGUGCCAGCAUUGAUGAAGCCUACAUGGAUUUAACUAGCGCUGUGCAGGAAAGGCUUCAGAAGAUGAAAGGGCAGGCUAUUGAAGCAGAGCUGUUGGCAACUACCUACAUCCAAGGAUGGCCAGACAGCCUCACAGCAGAAGAGAAUACAGGCAACAAAGGUAUUGCAUGCCUUCAGACAUACUGUUCCACUCUUUUACUUCAACUUCCCUUGCUCUUAAUCCUGUGUAGAUUAUAAUUCUAUACAGAGGUAUUUUCAUUCUCAAACUUGUGUGCCUACAGAAGAGCAUGGUGAUGGUCUGGAGCCAAUCCACGACUCCCAGGUUUAGCAUAUAUUUUUCUUUUUCUCUUUGCUUCGGUGUUCAUGUGAGAGUACUAAAGGUUUGAAGGGAUGGUAUGAAAUUGGAAGUGUGCCCUUCAGAGGUAAUGGAUAUGGUACCAUAGCAUUUUCUUCUUGAGCUGCAGCUUAUAAUACAAGUAUAUUUUCUCUAUUUUGUCACUUUCUAAUCUUUCGCGCACAUCUUGUUCAGCUUUGUAAGACCAGAUUAAUUUGACCUCAGCAAAAUGUUCCCUAAGAAGAAAGACAUGUCUGCUUUCCAACCUGCAGCAGGAACAAAGGAAGGUGAUUAGUCCGCUGCUGAAAGGCCAGUAUUGCAGUGGAGAGAUCUGGGGAAAGGUUAAGAGUAAAAGCAGUAGGAAUUGCCAAAACUGAUGUACUUUGAGAGAGCUUAUUGCUCAAGUCCAUGUGGCUAUUGUCUUUAGUUCAGUUCCAAAUUUGGAAAUUUAUUUUAAGCCAUUUAAGUUUACAGUGGUACCUCGGGAUGUGAACGGGAUCUGUUCCGGAGCCCCGUUCGCAUCCUGAAGCGAACGUAACAAGCGACGGCGCGAGUGGGCAGGCUGCGUUUUGCUGCUUCCGCACAUGCACAUGACGUCAUUUUGAGCGUCUGCGCAUGCACAAGCGGCGAAACCCGGAAGUAACGCUCUCCAUUACUUCCGGGUUGCCGCGGAGCACAACUCGAACGUGCUCAACCCGAAGCACAUUCAACCCGAGGUAUGAUUGUAUUGCACAUCUUCAGCUACCUUGCUACUAGUGUUAGAACAUCUUUUAAAGGCCAAAUGGUAUGAAACUUCCCUGUUGAGAGAGCUGUAUGCUAGGUUGUGUGUUGCACUCUUACCUUGAUUAAUCUAAUCUUUGAGAUUUGCCUAAAGGGUAGCCCUCCUUUGGCUGCAAACAUUUUUACAAAAAUCAAAACCAUUUCCCCCCUCCUGCCUCCUCCUGUUUAUUUGCUUGCCCUGCAAGCUAGCUUUCUUUCUUUCUUUCUUUCUUUCGUGGGCUUAUUUGACCAAGGGUGGCCUUAUAAAGAGCUUUCUGAUUUCCUGUUUUCUUCUUCACUAGAUGUUUUACAACACUGUGUGCUUUUUGUAGCUUUCCUGAUCUGUCACUCUGUCAUGACAAUAAUUAUUCUUUCAAGAUUGGAGAUAGGUUGCUUUGUGUUCCCUUUUAGAAGAACUGCGGGAACGUGGUUUGCGACAGUGGCUUGAAUCAUUGCCUUUCGGAGAUCCCAGCAGUCCAGAGCUGCAGCUGACUGUGGGAGCUGUCAUUGUGGAAGAAAUGAGGGCAGCUGUGGAAUCUGUCACUGGAUUUAGGUGUUCUGCUGGCAUUUCUCACAACAAGGUAUGUGUAAGACCAGCAUGUUUGUGGUUUUGAACUCAGCACUACUAAAGCAGUGUACCUCUUGGCCUCUCUAUGUAUUCAGUGGAAUCUGUGCUGAACAGAUGAUUAUUGUGACCUGGCACAGAAAACAGGAAUGGAGGAAUCAGGAUAGGAUUAGACCCAAUAAUUGUAGUAAAUACCAUCAGCAAUCUGGUUUUGGUAAAAUGUAUUUUUAUGAACAGCUCCAGAAUGUGAGAUUGGAUGAUGUGAUGGACUGAAGAUUUUGGCAUCUAAUGCAGAGCAGGAUUAACAGGAAUACAUCUCCAGGUUGAGCCUCUUGUAAGCUUCCUAGACAUAGAUGUGUGGCUAGCUAAUUGAGUUAUUCAAUAGGUUUCAACUGAUUAGAUCACAUUUGUGUGGACUUAGUCAGUUAGUAAUGGCAAUUGCCUCUGAACCUUCUUAUACAGAUGGCAUCAAGCUGGAAUCAAGUAUUCUGAUUCAGAAGCUUCUUGUUACAGCAUCCAGGCACAACAUCUUAUUGUGUUUCUUGCUCUAAAACUAAUGGCACUUUUAGAGAAGAGAGAGGGAGAGAUGAUGCAAGUUGUAAUAACAAAAAACAUGGAGUUAGCCAUUCCUGCCCUAGGUGAUAACUGUAUUGAUGCCACAGGUGGAGGCCAGGAUACCUAGCACCCGAGAGUGAGAAUAGUAGAUUUCCUCUUCCACACAGCUAUUCUGCAAAAUGCUAGAAUUUAGUGUAUAUAGUAGACCUUAGAGGUAGUACUAUUUAUUUGAUUAGUAUUAUUCUGUAUUCAAAAUAUUAGAAAUAAACAAAUUGUUGUUAGAUCUUUCAGCCACAGACAAAAGUCAUAUACCCAAAUAAAAAGAGGGUAUCAUUGUAUGAGGUUUCCUUUGCGGAGACAAGAUUAGCCCAGAUAAUAAGCUCUGAAGCAGUAAAUGUUUUUAGAGUAGAGAUUCUCUUCUCCCUGCCACCAAACUUUUGGUUUAAGAAAUUCAGCAGGACGUAAUUAUUCUUUGAUUAUAAGAACCAAAAUCUGACAGUAUGAGAGAUUUUCUAUACCUCUAGCGCCACAAGUGCUAUGUCUAGUUUCAUUUAAUUUUGAAUUCCUUUCUAAAAACACGGGGUGUGAUUUGGAAAAGAAAACAAUCCAUGGUAACAUUUGAAAACAUAAACUGCCAGUUCAUUACUUGCAGUAUUUGUGUAUUAAAUUCAGCCUUUUCUCUAAGAUGACAAAAUAAACUCUGAUAGACCAGGUGUGUGUUGGAAACCCAACUUGGAAAGCCAAGCUUCCUAAAUUGGAUACUUUCUUUAUUCUAGGUAUUAGCAAAGCUGGCCUGUGGUCUCAACAAGCCUAAUCGUCAGACUCUGGUGUCACAGGGUUCCGUCCCUCAGCUCUUUAGCAAGAUGCCAAUCAGCAACAUGUAUGUAAAACUGAUGAUCUGCUUCUAGAAGCCCCAUGUGAGAUUGCACUCAUGAAUCUCGGAACUAGCAUUUUUCUUCUGCACAUUAUUGUUUAGGGGUAUUCUAGGUAUACUGUAAGCAUCAGACCAAUGGCAGUCAAGAGAUAAUAAUACGAAUGGAUGCUAGAGGAAAAAAAUUCCUUGUGCAAGCGCCAGAAUUUGGGGAGCCAUAAUUAUUUUUCAGCCAUCCUUCCUUUGUGCAAAAAUUGAUAAACUAUCAAUAUUUUUAUAUGCCAGUUUAUUAUUAGGGAGUGGACUGGGAUUUUUCAGGCCUGGUUGCAAAUGUAAAUGAAUUCUAAUAAAUAUGCGGUGCUGUUUUAUUAUAUUAUCUUCCCAGUUGAUUUCUUCUCCUGCACAUACUAGUGUAGGUAAGGAAGAGGCUACUUGUUAAUUUCUUGCUCCGUUGGGAUGUCUCAAAAAGCCAAGUUUUGCAUUGCUUUUUCUCCUUGUCCUGCUUAUCUAUCUGCCUUCUGCUAGCUGGUACACAAGAACCUGUGUCUGAAGACUUCUGCCUUUUUACACAUGACAGCUUUCCUUUUCUCCCAUAGCCGCAACCUUGGAGGGAAGCUUGGGGCCUCUAUCACUGAACUUCUGGGAGUGGAGUAUGUAGGAGAGCUGAUCCAGUUCAGCGAAUCACAGCUUCAGACCCACUUUGGAGAGAAGACUGGGUAAGUUGCUCACUAAACUUCUGGCCUCUGCUACAUAUUCAGGUUCCAUUCAUGUUUAUGCUGCUGAGGAUUCUGCUCAAGACAGGGUCUGUCUUGAGUUUCCAAAGUCUCACUUCUACUGAGAACUUGACACAAACACAUUAAGAGGCAGUGCAUUUGCUUAAAGCCAGAUGAAACAUCUACAAGAUUCAGGGAAGAUUGCAGCAUGUGCAUUUUUAAAAAGCUCACUUCAGUCAUUGCAUUGAAGUAACACUUAAUAUGACAAAAUAACAAAAGGGAAGCAAAUAUUAUGCAUAUACUGUGCAAAUUCUAUAGCGGUAGCUGUGUUAGCUGCAGCAAAAAGAGACUAUUUAGUCGCUUUAAAGACUGACAGAUCUAUUAUGGCACAAGCUUUCAAAGGAUAGUCUGUUUCAUCAGAUGCAUAUGGAGUGUCAUCCUCAGGUGAUAGAUAUGUAAUAGAGACUGUUGUUUUCACUGUCCAAAUGUUCUAUUCAUGGUCACCCAUAACAGGAAGCUGCAAUUUAUUUAACAUAUUCGCUUCUACAGCAGAUGAGGUCAUGUAAUUACAUAUUUAUCCAAGUGGGACAGCAGAGUUUAUCUGACUCCGUUAACCCAAUAAGGCUAUUAUGAAAUCAAAACAAUAUACCCUCUGGGGGUUUUAUACAGAGGGCUGUAGUAUAAACACUGACAACUGGGAAACACUGGCCUGUGAGCGUUCCAAAUGGAGAACAGCCUUUCCCAAAGGUGUCAUGGGUUCUGAAGAUGCUCAAACUCGGGAUGAAAGGGAGAAACACACUAAGAGGAAGGCACGCUUGGCAAACCCUCACCAUGAUCAAUUCCCGCCCGGAAACCUAUGUCCCCACUGUGGAAGGAUGUGUGCAUCCAGAAUUGGCCUCUACACUCACUUACGGACUCACUGCUAAGACCAUGUUUAUGGAAGACAGUUGUCCUCGGCUACAAGUAAUCACCAAAAGAAAAAAAAUACAGAUGGUAGCAGUGGAUUAUGUCAUCAACUGUCUUUUGGACGUAAAAUUGAUGCUGAUCUACCAGGAUCAUACUUCCAUGUUCUUCCCAUAAUAUCCAGCUUGGUCCUUGCUAUUGAUUCACUGCACCCCAGCAAAAUAUGUCAUAGCAGAUUAGGGUGCAUCACUAAUAGCCACUCCAUGCAGUUUGUAUACCAAUAUCUAUUCAGAUGUGCUGUUAAGUGGCAGAGACACUUAUGAUAGGGACUUCUCAUUUGCCUUGCCUGUAUUCUCUUUAGAAUCUAACUCUUGGACUUGAUCCUCAUCUCCAUUGAUUUGUGUGCAGGUGCCAGAUAUAUUGGAUGUCUCUAAGUAAACAAGUAACAUUUCCAACCUUGGAACCACUUAUUUAUUCAGCUCGGGUUUCUAUAUAUGCUUUGCAGCUCCUGGUUGUAUGACUUGUGCAGAGGGAUGGAGCAUGAGCCUGUGAAACCUAGACAAUUGCCCAAAUCCAUUGGCUGUAGUAAGAAUUUCCGCGGAAAAACAGCUUUGGUUACUCAGAAGCAGGUAAGAGAGUGUCCAGAGAGCCGAACCAAGUUUGUCCUGAGAGCAGGAAUAAAAGAUAAGGCAGCACACAUUGCUGCACCCUUUCUCAAACCUAAUUUGGUCAUCACCUUUCAGCAUCACUUUGCUCUGAAAUGGUCAAUAAAUUGUUGAAGAAUUCUAUCAAUGGGGAGGGGAGUGCCAAAUGUCUCUUGUGACCUGCUGAUGAGCUAAUGUAGCAGAGGAGGAAUUAUUCCUUGGACCAUGAUCUCUCUCUGCGGUGCUAGCAAAUGAGAUCCUUCUUCCACUUUAGCAUCUAGCGCAGUGUCCUGUCCUUUGAGCAUUCUGUAACCACAUCUUUCCCUGCAAUUGAAUUGCUCCAUGGCAACAUUUCUGAUCAUUUCAAGAUUACAGUGGUGCCUCGCAAGACGAAAUUAAUCCGUUCCGCGAGAGUCUUCGUCUAGCGGUUUUUUCGUCUUGCGAAGCAACCCUAUUAGCGGCUUAACGGAUUAGCGCUAUUAGCGGUUUAGCGGCUAUUAAAGGCUUAAAGGCUUAGGGGAUUAGCUGCUAAAAGGCUAUUAAAGGCUAUUAAAGGCUUAGCAGAUUAGAUAAAGGGGGGGAAAAGCGAAAAAAAAAUCUCUAGACUCGCAAGACAUUUUCGUCUUGCGAAGCAAGCCCAUAGGGAAAUUCGUCCUGCGAAGCAACUCAAAAACGGAAAACCCUUUCGUCUAGCGGGUUUUUCGUCUUGCGAGGCAUUCGUCUUGCGGGGCACCACUGUAUUUUAUUUAUUAAAUUUCUAUACUGCCCUUCAUCCCAAGACCACAGGGUGCUUUACAAUAUAGAAACACAAACAAAACCAGAAACGGAAACAGUACUCUCCCCCUACAGUAUUGUUUAGAGAUCCGAAAGCUUUUGUUGUUCUUCUUGGCUUUCCAUCUGAUAAAAAUGUCCUGUAGAUGUUCCUUGCAUAUUUUGGUUUUCUAUUUGUAGUAAACUGAGCAAUGUCCCAAGACAAUAAUAAAAAACACAGUAAUUAUGUAUGUAGGUGCAGCAUUGGCUUCUGCAGCUGGCCUUGGAGCUGGAGGAGAGACUGAACAAGGACAGAGAUCAAGUAAGUAGGGAAAGAUAGAGGUCCUAUUAUCUCAUUGAGUACUUGAUGUCUGAAGGAGAUCUAUGUGAAUUGGGCUGAGAAGUGCAAGUGUGCCUGCCUCUGGUAACCAUACAUAUCAUUUGACUGGAUGUAGCUUGCUAGAGGUCUGAAGUAAUUAAGUAUCUUCAGCAAAUCGGGGUAUGUCCCCUCAACCUGUUCUGGGUCGUCGUCGUCCCCGACCCUGUCCUCUGUAGUAGAUUUGGGAGCAGGGAUGGAGUCAAAGACGAGGAUUAAGCCCCAUCACAGAAGUGGAUGUCAUUCCACUUGUGCCAUCAUUUAAUUAGCAUAUGAAGCCUAUGGGUGGUAUAUCCAUCUUUCCGCUAAGCACUGACUGGACCUUGACCAGCUCAUUUUAUGAAGCUGACUAAAGUGUGUGCCUUUAGAUCACUUCCUGAAAAUAACACAGAUACAUCCCUUUUUAGCAUUGGGCUUUCCUUACAGAUGUUGUCACGGUUGUGGUGAGCUGCUCAUGAGUACUGAGCUCUUGUUAAAGACUAGAGUUCCUUAUAGUCUUCCUACAUUUUUAGCUUCAAUGGAGAAUCAUGGAGAAAGACAGUAGGUUAAGCUCCGUGCUGGAACACAUCUGGAUUAAUCCAGCCCAGGCAAACUCAGGCCCUCCAGAUGUUUGGGACUACAAUUCCCAUCAUCCCUAGCUAACAGGACCAGUGGUCAGGGAUGGUGGGAAUUGUAGUCCCAAACAUCUGGAGGGCCGGAGUUUGCCUAUGCCUGAUCCAGCCUGAUAUCCACUACCCCUUUUUAAGAAUGUCCUCCUAAAAUCCAAGUUAUUGAUAUCUGAUUUCUUGUCAGGAUUCUUAUAUACUGUAUAUCUUUCUUCCAACAGAACAAUCGCGUAGCUAAACAGCUGACUAUUGGGAUCCAUAUGCAGGGCUAUAAACAUGCCAACAGCUUAUCCCGCUGCUGUGCCUUAGCAAAUUAUGACGCCCAUAAAAUCAGCAGAGAUGCUUUUGUGCUAAUCCAGAACUGCAAUACUGCAGGUGGCCAGCAGGCUGCAUGGUGAGAACUUUUUCCCCCCUUGGACACAAGAGUGUUACUGCAGAGGAGGAAAUGUUAGCUUUAUCCCUUCUUCCAAUGUACAUAUUGCAGAGUCUGUGCUAGAACAGAAAAUGAACUACUAGUGGGCUGGACAGCCACGCUGUUAAGACAAAUAUUUAUGAUAUGAGAACAUUUAUUCCGAUUAGAGCUAAGAUGAGGGUUGCUCAUCACAUAUCCUUGGGCCAGCUUCUUCCACGCUUAGCAAAUUGUUGAAAAAUAUCUGUGCAGCCUUAUUUUUUGAGUUUACUCCCUUUGAAUUGUUUGCUAAUGUGCCCUCGCCUACAGGUCUCCUCCAAUUACACUUCUUCAGCUUUCUGCGAGCAAGUUUUCAGAAGCUCGUGCUUCCUCCGUGAACAUUACAUCCUUCCUGACGACUGACAACCAAGGUACCCAAGCCACUUGCACCAGUGCAUCCAGCCCAAAUGGCAAGUCCAUUGAAAGCCCCAAAAAGGAGACCCUCAAGAAGACAACCAAUCCUAUUCAGAUGCUUUUUCAGAGGGCAGUGGAAAAGAAACAGGCCCAGGCUAUGGUCAGGAACUCUCUUCCUGGUGUCAGCAAUGAAAUGAACUUACCAUCAGUACCAGAGUCCAGUAUCUGUCAGGAUAAACGACUCACUCCCAUUAACAGCCAGAUUCCAAAAGUUCCUGCGGAACAAAGUAUCACCAGGAGCGACCCAGACUGCAUGCAGAAACAGCUCUUGGUAGAGCAGUCUGUGGCCAGCUCUGAAGCAGGGCUCCUGGAGACCCCUUUAGAAACAGAAGUGCCUGAGGUCUCUUCAGAGCUCCCUGAUCUGUGCAAGGAAAAGGAAGUGCAUCCUGCUGCUGGAAUUUCCCAGGUAGGGGCUGAUAGUUGGGCUCUUCAGCCCUGUACUGGUGACACGAUGCUGUGCGAGAAAUGUAAUCAACAGGUGUUGGUAUGGGAGUUCACAGAACACUCGGACUACCACUUUGCUGUGGAGCUGCAGAAUUCUUUCUCAGGAACUGACUCCUUCAGGCCAUCUUUGCCUCCCCCCAGCCCCCCAGCUAAGGGCAAAAGUAAACAGAAGACACACACAGCCUCUAGGGCCAAAAGGCCAAGGCAAAGCACAGAUAGGACUUUGGAUUUCUUUUUUAAGCGGCCACCUCCUUAGGAUGAAGCUCAUCUGAGCAGCUUAUCUUGGAAAAAGAAGGCGCAACUUUAUUUGCCUUUAUCUAUCUUAUAUCCAUAAGUAAAUAAAUAAACAAACAAACAGGAUAAUAAAUUGUUUCAAACAGGUGCUUGGAAAGCUACAGGACUCCAUGUUGUUACGAGACCCUGCACUUGGUAGUCAAGGUUGUUAAUGCCUUCUGCAGCACGUUCUUGCUCUGUAGCUUCAGAUGGUGGCAGAUGUCGCAUCAAGGUGCCAUAUUAACAAUACUACCAAUUUAUGGUAGUCAUUGGGGCCGUCUCUAGUCAAACUGUCCCCUCCACAGGACCAUCUUUACAUUGUAUGUCAUUCAUUUGUUUGAGUAUUUUAAACUUGUAAACUGCCUUGGCAGAAGGGAGGUUUUAAAUGCAAUACAGUCAUACCUUGGGUUACAGACACUUCAGGUUGCGUUUUUUCGGGCUACGGACCGCCAAAACCCAGAAGUACUGGAACGGGUUACUUACGGGUUUCGGCGGAUGCGCAGAAACGCCAAAUUGCAACCUGCGCAUGCGUAGACGUGCCGCUGCGGGUUGCGAACGCUUUGAGUUGCGAACGUGCAUCCUGCACGGAUCACGUUCACAACCCGAGCGUCCACUGUACAGUCCAUGCUUUUGAAGCUCUAGAGAGGUGCUGCUCAUGGGCUUUCCUAGGCCUGCUCUAGGCAACGAAAUGUCAAGGGAUGAACUUGGGCCCUUCUGCAUCCUGCUCAUGUGUUCUCUCAUUGAGCUGCUUAUGUCAGAGUUGUAGGUUGUGACUGGCUUUUACUAUGGUGGGGAUUGCCCUUCCAUAGGCACUUUGAGGAAGACAGUCAUUAGAGUUGAAUGGAUGCUGGAAUAUGCAUUGCGCAAGUCCACAUGUGCCCAUUUGACCACUUUGAUCAGCGGAAUUGGUGCUAUCUAGGUGCCAUGUGAUAACUGUUCUGCAUUUUAAAGAAUUUGAUUCUUUAGUGUGGCAGCACCUGCACUUUGGACCCCCCCCCCCCCGCCUACUGAGAUUAAGAAAGCGCCUUCAUGGUACUCUUUUCAUCAUCUGCUAAAAACAUUCUUGUUUAGACAAGCCUAACCAGAUGCUUAGAAAGCUGAGGUGAUUUUAAUCUGUCUUUAAUAUUUUAACUUGUGUAUUUUAAAGUAUGCUUGUGAAUUUUUCCACUUUGAGGUUUGUUUGUUUUUACAAUCGAGUGGUGUAUAAAUUUUAUGAAAUAAAAUGUAGAAACCAGUGUAUACAUAUGGAAAGUUGAGGCAAAUCUAUAACAUCUGUACUUUAAUUUGAUGGCUUGAUUAAAUAUCUACUUGAUGAGUAUAGGUUUUAUCUAUAUGAAAAAGCAGGACCUUAUUUAAAUAAAGUUGUCCAGUAUGAUUUAGGGUGUUUUACACCUUUAACUUUCCUACCUGGAUAGUAACAAACAUAUACAAUUAUUGCCCCAUGGUGCAGUUAGGGUAUUGGACUAGGAGAUGGUAGAACAGGGAUCAAAUCACCGCUGUCAUGAAACUUGUUGUGCAACCUUGAGCCAGUUAGCCUCUCACCCUAAUUUGACUCAGGGGUUUUGUGAGGAUAAAAUGAGGGGGGAAGGGAGAACCAUGUAUGGCACUUUGAACUUCUUAGAGGACAGGUAGGAUAUAAAUAAAAGUGUCCAAUUGCAGCUUUCUAAUUCCUUGGAUGUGAUCUAUAGUUAAGUACGUAUAUUCCAUAUGAAACCCAUGAUGUAUGAAGUCUUCAGCUACACUUCUGGAACCAUGGAAAUGUGGUUACUGCUAGUGCAAAACCUAACAGCCUGUAGCACUCAGUGGUAUCAGGGACAGGAUUUCAAACUAGUUAUAGGGCUUUAGAGAGUGCAUUAUUAUGCACAGGUUACAGACACAAGAUAUCUAUCUGGUCUUGUUUUGUUUUACUUCCUGCUAAAACCUUGGUCUGCUUUUUUCCCUUUUCUGUGGAAAUUGCUGGAAAGGAAUUUUCCUCAUAGGCAAAAAUACUAUCCAGUAAAGCAGAAUAAGGGGAAAUUUUAUGUGUUCAAAGAAAUUUUGGCAGGUUUGGGGCUUCUGUAUAGAAAUUGCAGCCUGUUUCGUUGUUAUCGUCCACAAUAGGAUGGAAACAAUGCUAGCAACAGCACCCGAUUUUAGGCAGUUUUACUAACAUAACAAACAGGCUAAGCAAGAGCUUCAUCCCACAGAUGGUGGAGUCAGUGCUAUUAGGAUAAAGGAACUAGUCAUAUAAUUGGCAAAACGUGUGGCACUUUGCUAUUUCAAAUGCAAGUGGCAGAAGUUCUUGCGUUAUCUAUAUCCAGAGACCUAUUGGCAUAGUGUGGGAGUAGAGAAACCUUCAAAAAUUCAUUAUCUCUGCAAGCAAGCAGCAGCAUACAAUCCUCCCCUUUAUACUCAAAACUGCUGUGGUCAGGCCGAUAGUUCUCUACAUGCACUGCGGAAUGUCAGAUAAGCAUGUGCUACCAACUUGUAAACACUCAUCUGCAUGUAAAACUAACAGAAAAGCCUCCACAUAUUGCCUGGCAUCUCAAUGCUGGCACAAGUUGCUGUUCAGCCGUACAGCACAAUUUUAUUCUUUUCAAUAAAACAUCUUUAUUUUGUACAUUAUAUAUCUAUAUAUAGAGAGAGAUGAAAACACCUCUCUGAUUUUUAAAGAAUCCACAAACAGUGAAUAUGAAAAGCAUGGCACCGAGAACACUCACACAACAGAAGGCAAGGAAAAGACAACCAGAAAGAGCACCUUUGAAUGUUUGUCUGCAAUGGGGUUAACUCUGCCAGAACUAUAAAUUGCAGGAAAAGCACCUAUUUCUCCCACAGGACAAGUAUGUAGUGGCAAUGGGUAACAGCAAACCCUCUAGAGGAGUGCAUUAGGCGGCCAAUUUUCUUUGUCUUUUCUAAAACAAGUGAUCCAAAAAUGCCUCUUGUAGAACCAAUCCAAGUGAUUAAAGGGCAAUUGAGAGAGAAGCCAAUUUAAUCAGCAGAUAACCAUGAUGCUCUGGGCCAUGUUUACUACUACUUUAUAGUUAACUGUCCAUUGUGCUAUUAAGAUGAUUAGCAGAAAGAUAAAUGAUUGUGGGUUAUACUUAAAAAGCAUCAACUUGGAAGCUGGCUGUAUGGUUGCGCAGCUACAAGUUAAAUCUCAAAGAGUACUUGCAUUAAAUAAACAGCUGUUGGAUUGAGG